UCAUGUAACAAGUAUGUUAAAAAUAAUACAUUUUUCAUCAUUUACUAAGGAAAUGUUAAUGAAUUGCGAGUUUUGAUGGGCUUGACUAUACGAAAAGUAAUGAAAAAUACGAUAAAAUGCCGCGGUCUUGGCAUCCGAACGAUGCAAAGUAGCGAACUAUGAUUUAUAAUUGUGUUUCUCCAAAAUGGUGGGUGUUUGUUUUUGGGUUUCAUACAUGGUUUUAUUGUCUAGUUCAAUGAGUUUCGCAAAGUCCAUGUGUGUCCAGGACUGUCGUUGUUUAGAUACGUAUAUAGACUGCGACUCUCUAAGGUUAAAAGUUGUUCCCAAGCACAUCCCACAAUGGACACAUCGCCUGGAAAUCAACCGAAACAACCUUACACAAAUAGAAGCUUUGACAUUUCAAAAUUUAAAAAAUCUACGAGUCUUGAGCCUGAAAAGAAAUGAAAUCGACACUCUCAAAGAUGGAGCUUUCUAUGGCUUGAAACGAAUAGAAAAACUAAUGUUGGAUAAGAAUCAUAUUAAUGUAAUCACAAAAGGAUGGCUUUAUGGAUUGGAGUCCUUAAAAGAGUUAUCUUUAAGUCAUAAUAGAAUUAGUCAAAUACAUGAUGAUGCUUGGGAGUUUUGCAGUACAUUGACUAAUUUGGAUCUGUCGUUUAAUAAAUUGAAUUCAAUUAAAGAGUACACGUUUAAAAGCUUAAGUAGCUUACAAAAACUUGUUUUAAAUAACAAUGACAUAGCUAUUAUUAUGGAUCACGCAUUUGAACAACUUCCAAAAUUAAGAAUAUUGCAUUUUAAUUACAAUAAAAUAUCAUGGACUAUUGAAGAUGCCAAAGGAGUAUUUCAAGGUCUAGGAGAAUUGGUUAAAUUCCAUCUAAUAGGAAAUAACAUUAAAUCGAUAAACUCUGAUGCUUUUUUGGGAUUGAAGAAUGUCAGUCUCAUUAAUCUAGAUAGAAACAAUAUUACAUCGAUCCAUAAUAAUACUUUCAGCAAAGUUCCUGCCUUGAAGCAAUUGACAAUAAAUACGCAAAGCAUGUUAUGCGACUGCAAUUUGAUAUGGUUUCUUGAAUGGCUUAGUGGCAAAAAGUUGGAAGUUAAAGCGUUUUGUGCCUAUCCACAAUGGCUCCAUGGUCAAUCUAUAACCAAUAUAUCGAUGAGCAAUUUAACAUGUGAUGAGGUUCUAAAGCCUAGGUUGACUGAAGAGCCCGCAUUGGAAAUAAUGGCACUAAAGGGCGAAAGUGUAACACUAAAUUGCAAAGCUAGAUCCAAUUCAAAUAGUAAUUUGACCUUUGUCUGGAAAAAAGACAAUGUUGAGCUUGUGAAUUCCAAUGUAAUUGUUAACUCCAAUUUAGAUCAAGAUGGAAAAUCGGUUGAAACGGUGUCUGAAUUAAAGUUGUUUUCUGUUGAGCAUUCGCAUGCUGGGAAGUACCAGUGUGUAGUGAGCAAUAGUUAUGGGAUUACCUACUCCCAACAGUCAACGAUUUCAGUUCUCGUAUAUCCAACUUUUAUCAAAACCCCUAAGAAUGUAGAGGUUGAAGCAGGACAAACUGUUAAAUUGGAAUGUGCCGCUACAGGAGAACCUCCUCCUGAGGUAGCUUGGCAUAAAGAUGGAGGCAAUGACUUUCCAGCAGCUAGAGAAAGGCGCAUGCAUGUAUUGCUGGGAGAUGAUGUAUUUUUUAUUAGAGAUGCUCGACCUAGUGAUGCUGGUGUAUAUAGUUGUACAGCCCAUAACACAGCUGGUAUUGCAUCAGCUAAUGCCAGUUUAAAGGUACUGCAACGGCCCCAACUGAUCCAUGGGCCGGAAGACCGAGAAUUGCCUGCUGGCGAACCCAUAGUGCUUCAAUGUAUGGCGCAAGGAGUUCCGAAGCCCACGGUAACUUGGGUUAAGGAUGGAGAGUUGAUUAUGGCAACGGAGAGACACUUCUUUAUAGCUGAAAACCAACUUAUAAUUAUUGUGGAUUCAGUACACAAUGAUUCCGGGAUUUACGAAUGCCAUCUAAAUAAUUCUCAAGGGGAAGAAGUUGGUAGAAGCAGAGUUGUUGUAAAACCAAGUGUAUUGGAUACAAGCAACAUGAUGGGCAUUAUAAUAAUAACUGUAGUAUGUUGCGCAGUAUUUACUUCAAUUGUAUGGGUAGCUAUAAUAUACCAAACGAGAAAAUCAGGAACGCCCAAAGAGCCGGUAACGUUUCCGGGCACAGAGUUAACAGAAUUGCACGUUGACUGUGCAUCGGAGAGAUCAUCAUGCAAGGAUAGCGGAACAGGUGAUUCUGCUAAAAGGUCCAGCGAUGAUUUAGCUGAAUUUUCUAUCCUGCUACAUUGUGCAAGAUCAGAUCAUGAUCGGGGCAUCCAAGUUGAUUCCGUGGAAACCGGAGACUGAGAUAAAUUCUGAAACUCUGACUGCUUCUGGUAUGCUUUAAACUCUUACUGUAGGUUUUGCCUGAAGUAUUGCAAAAAUAAUUUUUAUUUUAAUCCUGAUUAUUUUGUGAUAAAACUCGUAAAUUUACUUUUUGAAGAAAUAGAAUGCAAUGCUUCUUCAAUAUUACCUAGCUAGUUACAGUUUUCCUGAUGUUACUUGCCAAAUAAAACUAGUUUCUUUCUUAGGGGUUUUACGAUAAUGAUUUUACACGCUUCGGUCCGCGAUUUUUACGUUUCUCAGGUGAGUUACAAAGCUUACUUUCAGAAAUUACUUUACUUUAGAAGCUGCGGACUUGCGUACAAAUUGUGCUUUCUGUUUGUAAGUUUUGACUCAAUUUUCCAAGACUGAUUUAAGUACAUUAAGAAAAAGCUUUAUUACUAUUAAUUAAUGAAAAAAAAAAGAGGAAAGGAAGCUGAUAGUUUUUACAGAUUUUAUAUUAUUCGAACCCCGCCUAGAAAAUUGAUGGUAUAUCAGUCAUUUUUUAAAUCAUAAUGAAUUUGAAUAUUGUUUUAUUCGAAAAAAGUGCUGAUUUAUUAUUUAUUUAAUUAUCUUUGUUCUUAUUUAAAUUCAAUUUAAAUAAUUAUUAUAAUCUGUAAUUCCGUUCCAUAUAGGAGUUUUUAUCCAUGUGGUAAUUUAAGAAACUUGAUAAUAUCAAUAUCUUACAAAAUCUAUAGUUUAUUGUGCCAUUGCAAUGUUUAACUUUGGCCAAGACAAGAAAAUAACUAUAUCGUAAAACCCGCCCCUCUAAUCCUGGCAUGCUUUUAUUAAUUUGGGUUAUUACACAACUGAAUACACUAUACAGGGUAAAGCUAAUGACUUUUUGGUGUACAUCUAUUACGGAAAAUAGUUACUUGAAACUUUUAAGGGAUAUGUAAGUCCAGGAAGAGGAUACUGACCCUUUCUCUUAUUAGUAGGUGGCUAUGUAAAUAAUCGUUUUUAUUCUUGGUUCCUGUGUUAAGUUUUUAACCUGUUAGAGGGCGUGUAAUACUUUAAGUUUUGUACCUUGUGAUAUUAUUUAAAGAGGUAUUAUAUUUUGUUUUGUCUCUGUCUUUUUUGUAGAUUAAUAGGAGGAACUUUGUUCCAUACAUUUUUGUUUUAAAUGUAGACUGUGUUUAUGUUGUAUAUAUGAUAUAUUUAGAUUGCCAUUUAGUGUAGUUUGACACAUUAUCAUGACAAUGUUGCAAACGUGAAAUUUAAUGUUUAAUAUAACAUUUAACAAAAUAUUAUUUCAAUUAUGCAUAACAAUAAAACGUGCGAUACAGUUUACAUAUUCUAUAUUUCAAAAACAAAUUUUAGAAGUACUUAAAAUAUUGUCAUCGAAGGGAAAUAAGAAGGUUGUUCCUCGAGUAUCCACUUAUUUUAUCUUAGAUAACUAAAGACAUAUUUCGGUGAUCUUGACAAUUAGUAGCUUGAAAUUGAAAACAUCGAGUUAAACCAAUAGGUAGAUACAUUUUUUUUGUUAAUUUAAUAUGAGUUCCCAUAAAUGGCAGCGUGGUAUUCAUAUUCAGAUAUGAUUAUGAUAACCAUCUAGGACGUUGAUGGAAAUUAGUAAAUAAUUUUCAGUUAAUGAAAUGAGAAACUCAUAGCAUGCUCCUUAACAAUAUUAAGAAAUGUUCUUAAUUAAUUGCGCGUUUCUUAAAUUAUGUUGGAUUUAAUUCUAAUAGAUGGAGUCUACAUUUAAUGCUACUUAUUGGACCAGUUUUUAUUGUCUUACUGAUAAGUAUUAUUUUCCUUUAUGUAUCUAGCCGCUAAAAAGCGUGUAGUAGAGCCGAAGGUAACAUAUAUAUGUUUUAAAGGAUAGGGCAAUCAGUUGUAAAAUAUACAUAUGUUGCCUUGAAUUGGACACACGUGUGUAGAAGAUCGUACAAGUCUAUUUUAAUUCCUUUUAGUUUAGUUAACUAAUGAAUGUGCUCUAUUUAUUUAAAAACGUACGCAUGUCAAUGUGGAUUGAAUGUAUUAGUGAGUAAGUACCUAUGAUUAUUGUUUGAAAUUACAGAAACAACCGUACCUUCGGAGUAACCAAAGAAAGUUUGUGUGUCAUAAAUUAUUCCUCACUAACACUAAAAAUAAUUUAAAAUGUUUUACUACUACAAUCUUAACAUUAUUUUAAAAACACCUUACUGUUAAGGUAAGGUUUAUUUUCACCUACCACACAAUCUUUCUUUAGUUGCACAUCCAACAAUAUUAGUUUCAAAAGUUAAGUAUUGUUAUCUAUUAUUUUCACACACACUCCGAUUUCAUAGUAUUAUCAUUGUGAUGAACGUAUAUUUUUGUCUCAAUAAACAACUACUCAAUA